AUGGCUACUCCUCAAUUUGUCAAUGCUGUCUAUUAUCCGUGCUGGCGCAUCUACAAAGGCCAUGCUCCGUCGGCUCUACAGCAAGACGCCAUCUCUCAUGUCUACUAUGCCUUUGUGCGCGUGAACCAAGACGGGACACUACGUCUGUUGGAUGAAUAUGCCGACUGCUGCAUCGAAGCUGACGGAGAAAAGGGUUGUCUCGCAGCCCUCGUCAAGCUCAAAACCCAGAUACCCGGUCUGAAGACGAUUGUAUCGAUUGGCGGUGGAAGUGGCAGUGCCGAGUUUCCCGCCAUGGCCGCCAACCCCGUUGCUCGAUCGACCUUUGCCAGUAGCUGUCGGGAAUUCUGCGAGAAAUGGAAAAUGGAUGGUGUCGAUAUCGACUGGGAGCAUCCCGAAACCCCCCACGACGGUGCCAAUUUCGUGGCCAUGUUGAGCGAGUUGCGCAGAGCACUUCCGUCGCCGUGGUUCCUCCUGAGCACAGCUCUUCCGGUAGGCCAGUACUGCCUCAAGAAUAUUGACCUCGACUUGGCCGGGCAACUUCUCGAUUAUCUCAAUUUGAUGGGCUAUGACUUUAAUGGUCCCUGGACAGAUGUCAGCGGCCAUCACGCUCAGCUUCUACCGCCGCCAGGGCCAGUAGAGAGCAUCUACCCCAGGCUAAGAACCUCCUGCCACGGCGGUGUCGACUACAUCUUGUCACGCGGCUUUCCCGCCAGAAAGCUUAUUCUCGGAAUACCCCUCUAUGUUCGGACGUUCGAGGGCGCUCACGGCAUUGGCCAACCUUUCAAAAAGGCACACGAAAUGGAUUACAACGAGGUGCCACAGGAAUGGAUCACGUGUGCCAGUGUAGAUCAUCACUGUGGCGCUGCCAGCUAUGCUGAUACAGGAUCGGGAGGCAAGGGAUUCGCAAGCUUUGAUGUGCCUGCCACUGUUCAAAUAAAGGCAGAAUAUGUACGGCGAACGGGGCUUGGUGGGCUAUUCUACUGGACGGGCGUCGGUGAUGUGAAGGGCCCUGACAGCCUCGUCCGCACGGGAUACCGCGCAUUGCAUGGUGUACCUAGACCCUACUAUCAGGCGCAGCGGAAGUAG